AAAACUAAAAAGGAAUCAGGGGCUAUUUCCGUAAUUAAAUCCUCAAUCCUUGGGCCCUUUGUACGGAAAGCUGACCGCCAAAAAAACCCUAGGUAUGUAUGUUGGUUACAAAAUCGAGACUCUGAAAAGACCCCGUCAAUUUCGCUGCUCCCUUUCUUUCAAAUUGAAAUUUGAAAUUUGAAAUUUGAAAUAAUUUCUCUAGUUUCUUUGAUUCUUUCGCUGAAACAAUUUCCAUACGCCAUGCCUAAGAGGGUUCUUUGUAAGUUCUUUGCUCAUGGAGCAUGCCUCAAAGGGGAGCAUUGUGAAUUUUCCCAUGAUUGGAAGGAUCCACCAAAUAAUAUUUGCACAUACUAUCAGAAAGGAAUUUGCUCUUAUGGUAGUCGGUGCAGAUAUGAACAUGUUAGGGCUUCUCAAUCCGAUUUAUCUGCUUCAUCUUCGUCAACAGUGCUUCGUCAAUCUCUGAUCUCAGAUUCUGUUCCUCUAGGUCCUUCUUUAACAACAACAUUUGGUGGGUCAGUUGUACAUCCAUCUGCUUCUGCUGAGUUUCCUGGUUCAAGUAGAGCUUUUCUUCCUCCCACCAAGCAAGCAUGGAAUUUGGAAUCUGAGCAUCAGGCUUUAUCAGAUAAUGGUGAUUUUGUGGAGCCUAGGAGAGUUAAUCCAGCUGAACGAUCCAUCUGCUCGUUUGCUGCAGCUGGUAAUUGUCCCCGUGGAGAAAAAUGCGCUCAUAUUCAUGGAGACUUGUGUGCCACCUGUGGAAAACAUUGUUUGCAUCCUUUCAGACCUCAGGAAAUAGAGGAACAUAUUAAAAUGUGUGAGAAAAAGCACAAACACCUUGAGGCAUUGAAACGUAGUCAAGAAAUAGAGUGCAGUGUGUGCCUGGAUCGUGUUCUCUCAAAGCCCACAGCAGCUGAAAGAAAGUUUGGGUUGCUCUCCGAGUGUGAUCAUCCAUUCUGCAUAUCAUGUAUUAGAAAUUGGCGUAGCAGUUCCCCUUCCUCUGGAAUGGAUGUCAAUACGGCCCUGAGGACUUGCCCUAUCUGCCGCAAGCUAUCAUACUUUGUCAUUCCAAGUGUCAUUUGGUAUUGCACUCCAGAAGAAAAGCAGGAAAUUGUAGAUAGCUACAAGGCAAAAUUGAGGUCAAUAGAUUGCAAGCACUUCAACUUUGGAAAUGGGAACUGCCCUUUUGGGACUAGUUGUUUUUACAAGCAUACAGUCAAGCCAGGCUCCUAUGUAUGGAAAUACCACAGGCCUCCUCCUCGCAGAUUCAAUUUUAUGGAUAUGGACGCAAUAUUUGAUGUCUUCGAGCAGUUAAUUGCAGAAGAUGAAAUGGAUAUUUUUGAUGCUGAAGAUUUUGAAUAUGAUGAUUUAACACCUUUGGAGAUGGCCUUUCUAUUAAUGCAGCAAGAUUUUGAAUCAAGUGACUCCUCAAGUGAUGAGGAGAAUUUUCCCUUAUAAGUUUAAAAUUUUAGUUGUUAUGCUCCACCCUUCUGCUGGAAAUUUUGAAGUGCGGUCAUCUUGGUGUUUUGAUAGGCUGCCACCUUUUUUAUCUGGGAGAAGAUGGAUCUUGGAGUUUGUUAACUUGGUCAUUGAAGAUUGUGUCAUGUUAAGACUUAUGACAUUGUUCAUUAUGAUUGAAAUCUAGAUUAAGUUAUUAGAGUUUGAGUUACUUUUCCUCUUGGUUUGCGUUAGUGUGAGGCCUUCAAUGUGGUGUAUAUUUAUGUGUAAAGGUCUUGCCUUGGUUUCAGUCCUGGUUUUUAUAAAUGUUGUCUCCUAGUGGUGCGUGUGUAUGUUCCAGAAAAAAAAACCAGGGAAAGACACAUGCCAAUUUUUCAUGGUAAAACAAAUGUUCUUUGGACCGAAUGGAAGGAUGUAUGGAGUCAUACAGUGUGAACAAUGGGCUUUAACAAUGACAUCUUUCUCCUUUUAGCAUCCUUGUUUGCAGUAUGUGUCACCCAAAUAUGAUUGAAGAUUGUCUAUUCCAAUAUUAGCCCUGCAUUUGUUUACAUUCUCCUCAUGUUGUGCUUUCAAUACGGGCAAAAUUUUGUCUAGUGUAUGUUCAUGGAUGUUCUGUAUUUGUAGCAUGCAUAUCGAGAUGGUCGUUUGGAGGAAGUAGUUCUGCGCCAUCUUGGAGCUGAAGAUGGGCACACCAUCAUAGCUAAGAAUAUUAGGUUAUCAGACUAUCUUAGCGACCUGCACAUUGGGUGAAUGUUCACAAUAUUUAUUACAGUGAUAUCUAAAUAAUGCAAGGACCUAUAUGCAGCUUUGGUGAAAAAGUUUUUCUUCAGUUUCGAGUGUUGCACUCCAUUUCAAAAAGGAUUGCUUGUAGGAGAAACCAACUGAGCUUGGAAUCAUGGGGCAUGCUGGGUUAUGCAAUAAACUGCAUCUUGUAUUGAUGAAGUAUACAUUUUGCAGAAAACGCUGAUUGAUGAAAAAGUAUUUGUUGAAGGUUUGGAAACUAUAGUAGCCAAUGGCGGUUAAAUUUGAAUAAUGGAUGCGCCAGUGGCAGUGUCUAUGCUGCGUGCAUGCAUGCUUCCCUAAUCAGUGAAACACGUAACAACUGUAUAUUGGGUUUUGCUGUGAUUCUCUGGCAGAGCCAGAGAUGUAUACAGCAGCAUUCUUGAGGUUUUUGUGUUGAAAUAUCAGUUUCUCUGCUGGAUUGUACUCGAUCCUGUAAGAUUCUGGAUAGUGUGCACACAUGGUUGUGGAAUAUGAAUAUGAGCAUUACAUUAUCCUCUCUGCGAGAUUUCCUCA